AAACUACCAUUUAUGGGAUUUUGACCUGGAUUUAGAUUGCGACUCACCAACUUCUUCUUCUACGCUUUCUGGAUUUAGAUUGCGCCGGAUAAACCCUCAAUUUUCCCGCCUCCCCCAAAUCAAUACUCCCGGAGAGCUGGGUUCUCAGUCAAAGUAAGUCGAAUAAUCAAACCACAGAGCAACGAAGGCAGAAAGAAACCCUUGAAAUCAAGCGGAGAGCCAUUCAAAGCGCGGCGGAGCAACCAAAGGCAACUAACUUUCACCAUCAGACAGACACACAGAUGAUGAAUAAACCCUAGAUACAAAUUUUUCAGAGAUGAAUUUGUCUUCGUCGUCGUCCUAUUACUCGAAUGGGAAUGGUAUUACUAUUACUAGUAGUAAUACACUACUAGGACGUUGUCUUGGAGAUGUACUCAAUGUGAUUAAACCAUUAGAUGGAGAUGUUACAGCUAGGUAUACUGUCAUUAACGAUUUACGAGCUGUUGUUCAAUCUAUCCCCAGUUUAAGAGAUGCAGGUGCGACUGUGGAACCAUUUGGGUCGUUUGUAUCUAAUCUUUACACGAGAUGGGGAGAUUUGGAUAUAUCUAUUGAAAUACCAUGUGGUGAUCUCGUUUCAACUAUGGUCAAAAACAAGAAGCAGAAAUUCUUGAAAGAGAUAACUAAAGCUUUGCGCAAGAGGGGCAUGGUACGGAAUUUGCAACUUAUCCUGCAGGCUAGGGUACCCCUUCUAAUAUAUGAGACCAACCUCCAAAAUAUCUCUUGUGAUAUCUCUAUCAGUAAUCUGCUAGGUCAAAUCAAAUCCAAAUUGUUUCUCUGGCUUACUGGGAUUGAUGGACGCUUCCGCGAUAUGAUUUUACUGAUCAAAGAGUGGGCCAAGGCGCAACAAAUCAACGACCCAAAGAAUGGAACACUAAACUCAUAUUCUCUCUGUCUGCUUGUUAUAUUCCAUCUUCAGACAUGUGAGCCUGCGAUUUUCCCUCCAUUAAAGGAUAUCUAUGCAGGAAAUGUUGGCAGAGAUCUUACAGGUUCGAGGCUCACUGCAGAGAGAAAUAUACAUGACACGUGUACUGCUAAUAUAGACAUAUUCAAGAGGAAUAGUUCCGGAAAUCUAAACCAAAGCUCUCUGCCUGAGCUUUUCAUAUCAUUUUUUCAGAAGUUUUCUAGAAUAAGCGUGCUGGCAUCGGAGUACACAAUCUGUACUUAUACAGGGCAAUGGGAAUACAAAAGAAACAAUGAUAAGUGGACCAAAGACUAUCCUUUACUUAUCGAAGAUCCGUUUGAGCAGCCUGAUAAUGCGGCAAGGGCUGUUUCCAUGAAUCAGCUUCCCAGGAUAUCUGAAGCAUUUGAGAGGACCCACCGUUCACUUGUUUCAUCCAAUCAAGAUAGAAAUUCUGUGAUCUAUGGUCUAGUUGGACGUCGGGUCAGCUCCCAACUUAUUCCAUCACAUAGUACUCCAAGGUUUAUCAACAGAGGUGCUACAGAUUUUCCUUCACUACCGCGAGCCCCAUCUCCGAACGAGUUUUACAACAGGACAAAUGGAACGUAUCCUGCUACAUCCCCAUCUCAGAACCAGCUAUACAACAGGACAAAUGAAACGUAUCCUGCUACAUCCCCAUCUCAGAACCAGCUUUACAACAGGACAAAUGGAACAUAUCCCGCUUCCAGCGUCUCUAUUCGCAGGCCAAUGGCACCAACAACUCAUUUUCAAAGCCAACAGCAGAGGUGGGAGCCAAAGACCACCAGAUGAUGAUGGAGCAUUAAUCUAGGUUGUGGAGAUACUUUUUUCAUCCUGGUCUUUAAUGGGGAUCUGAUGGACAUUAAAGUUUGAGUUUGUGGGGUAAAUAUUUUUUGGUUUAUGAAUUAUGAUACAAUUUUCCAUCAACAGGAAGAUGUUCCAUUUGCUGAAGUCACAGUAAAAAUAAAAAAUUCUUGUAAAAAGGAAAGGAUUAUUGCGACUUAGACUUUGGUUA